GCACGCCACCAUCACAAGCCACAUUUGGGUUGCCUACCUCCACCCACGGCCACCUACAUCCCUCAAACACUUGACGACACGGCCUCAACGAGCAAGAAGAGACCAAGCGAGUCAGAGGCAGGCGACCAGGACACAUCCGCAUCGUCACAUUGCCGCAUCGUCACGACCUACCGCCGGCCGCAGCACCCAAACUCCGCACGUUUGGACUGACGGCAUCGACGGCGUAGUCUGACCGAGUUGACGGUUUCAGAAGGUAUUGUCCAAGACGCCGAUCCGCAUCGCCCCGGAGCAGGUGGUGGAGGAGGCCAAGCCGCGCAUGUCUGAGAGCACGAGCACUGGCCAGAGCACAAGCACGUACACGUACACGUACGCAGACGCAAGCAGCAGCAAGAGCAAGAACCGCGGCGAGAGCAGCACGAGCAUGGCGGAUACAUCAUCGCGGUACGCAUCAUCGGUGCCGGAGUCGCCGCGCGGAGUCAAGGACAAGAGCGUGGCGUGGGCGACGCGAACGGGACGGCAGACAUGGAUUCUGCUGAAGAAGAACUGGGCGGUGGCGCGGGUGUCGCGGCGAUCGACGACGGUCCAGCUUGUGGUCCCAGUGCUCGCCAUCCUUGCGCUCUUCAUCCUCUCGUUUGCGUACAAGGAGAACCAGCAGUUUAACGAUUCACAGCAGCCGCAGCGCUCGCCGUCGACCGAGUCCAUCCGGCCCUACCCGCGGUGCAUCUCGGGCCGGCUGAGUGUGGGACCAUGCAUCUCCAUUGCGUGGGUGCUAGAGAACGCAGCGAGUCUCUCUGCCGGGGCGCGCGAUCUUGUGGGUAGGGUCGUGGAACGGAUCCGGGUCGACGCCGGCUUGCCGACCUCCGAAGUGCGGCAGUUUGGCUCGCGGAGCGAGCUCGAUUCGUAUCUCCUCUCGCACCCCAACUCGACGCAGGGCGGGUACGAGUUUGCGGUGCGCGAGCCUGCGGUGCCGUCCGGCGGGCGGGUUGUGGAGCACCUCAGCUACACGAUCCAGUACAACAAGACGUCGACGUACUCGUUUGGUACCAAGGUCGACUCACAGGAGUACACGCUGCUUCCGAUGACGGCGGCGGUGGAGCGUGCGCUGCUGGCGGAGCUCGGCUCGCAGGUCUACACUGGAUCGGCGAGCGUCAACGACGACAUCGAAUACUCACUCUCGCUCCUCGAGUUUGCGCGGCCGGAGGAGUUCCAGGCCGAUCUCAUUGCGCUUGCCGGGCCGACGUUUGUGUACGCGGCGCUGCUGUUCAACUUUGUGAUUGUGCUCGGUGCUGUGGUGAGCGAGAAGGAGAAGCACCUGCGCGAAGCGAUGCGGCUCAUGGGCCUGCGCUCGCUGCCGUACUGGACCUCGUGGGCGGUGACGGCCUUUGUCUUUAACGUCAUCUCGGUCUUCAUCAUCAUCAUCUCGGGCGCUAUCUUCCAGUUCCGGUUCUUCCUCGAGAACGACUUUCGGACGUACUUUGUGCUCUUCCUCCUCUUUGCGGCGGCGAUGGUGCCUGUGGCGCUUUUCCUCUCUGUGUUUGUGAGCAAGGCAGCGACAGCGACGUCGCUCGGGUUCAUUGUCUUCCUCGUGGGCACCAUGGCGCAGGUCUUCCAGCAGCUUGUGUACGGCGAGUCUGGCGAGGGCACGAUCUACCCGAUUCUUGCCUCGCUCGUCCCGCCGGUCCUUCUCUCCAAGGGCAUGUUCGACAUUGCGUCGUACACGGAUCAGACCGAUGACCGCGGCAUGUCGUGGUCGCAGCGUGACUCGACCUCCAACUUUCCGCUCACCUCGGUGUACGAGUGGAUGAUCGCAGACGUGUUCAUCUUCGCCAUUCUGCUGUGGUACGCCGACACGAUUGCGUCCAAGGGCGAGCGGUUCUACUUUCCGUUCUCGCCCUAUUACUGGGGCCUGCUCUCGCGGCAUGAUGCGAGUGACGCUGGGGCGUCGCAGCCGUCGGACGAGGCGCUGGAGGCGCUCGGCGAGUCUGGCGCGGGCAAAACGCACGAUGCCAACGUCCACGCGCAGCUUGCGGAUGCCAAGGCAUCGCGCGGCGCGUUUGCGGGCAACGACGGGCUCAAGGUCUACGGUCUCCGCAAGGAGUUUACCUCGCGCCAGUGGUGUGGGCUCCGCAAGUCUGUCUUUGUGGCGGUGCAGGAGCUGGUGCUCGGCGUGCCGGCGGACUCGCUCUUUGUGCUUCUGGGACAUAACGGCGCGGGCAAGUCAACCUCAUUCAACAUGCUUCUCAACCUGUUUGGUCCGACUGCGGGCAAUGCGUACGUGUUUGGCAUGUCGAUCAAGACCGAGAUGGACCGGAUCCGCGCGGUCAUGGGCGUCUGCCCUCAGCACGACAUCCUGUGGGACGAGCUGACGGCGCGCGAGCACCUCGAGCUCUACGCGCGGCUGAAGGACAUUCCGGGCGAUGAAGUGUACAACGAGGUCGAGGCACGGCUGGCGGACGUCGGCCUGACCUCGGUGGGCGACGUGACGGCCGGGGCGUACUCGGGCGGAAUGCGGCGGCGGCUCUCGACGGCCAUCGCCUUUACCGCCGAUCCGCGCAUCGUCUUCCUCGACGAGCCGACGACGGGCAUGGACCCGGUGUCGCGGCGGCAGGUGUGGAACCUCAUCCAGGCCAAGAAGGCCGGACGGGUCAUUGUGCUCACCACGCACUCGAUGGAGGAGGCCGACGUGCUCGGCGACAACAUCGGAAUCAUGGCCGCCGGGCGGAUCACCACCAUCGGCACGGCGCGCUACCUCAAGUCGCAGUACGGCACCGGCUCCAAGAUCACUAUCAUCCCCAAGUCGGAGUCUGCGCGCGCUCGCAUCGCAGACUUUGUCGCCGAGCGCCUCGACGGCAUCCAACCUGACUCGCACGUCGGCGAUCUUGACUAUGUCAUCCCGCUCGAGACCGUCGACAAGCUCGGCGAGUUCCUCACCGACUUUGCCGCCCGCAAGCGCAAGCUCGGUGCCGUCAAUCUUGUCCUUGGCUCGGUCUCGCUCGAGGAGGUUUUCCUCCGCGUCGCCGAAGUUGACCACGAGUACGAUGCCGGCUCGUCGUCGACCACUAGCGCGUGAGUAGGAUAAAAAAAGCCAAUGAUG